CUGCCGUUGCAAAUUGUUUGCCAUCUGCUGGGUUCUGGGAAUCAGCUGCACCCUACGGGACUUUACCAACCUGCCUUACCACUGUCCCAUCGCACUCCCUGCACCCCUGAUGCUGAAACACACACGAAGCAGCCGCUGAAACGCUCACCUGUUUCAUAUGUAGUCUUGCGUCAAGCAACAAUGAGCCAAACGCCUCGCAAACGCCGCUGUACGUGCUUGGAAUGUGCAAUCACGUAUUCAGAAAUGACUGAGGCCACUUUCACAAAAAUCUAUGUCGAAACGGCGACAGUGACCCUGUCUGAGAUUAACGCCCUAAAUUUUGUGUCCAACGAGCUGCCCACGGGUAUCUCGCAGCUGCUUCCGGAGGCUUUGCCGACUUCAACAGUAAAGGACCACAUGCUGGCUUUUGAUUGCGUGCUGCGCCCGGGCACGACAGAGGCGUCGUUGUAUAUCCAGGUCUGGGAGAUUCUUAAAAACCUGCUGGCCUUGCAAGUGGGCUCUGGCGGCAGUGACGAGGGUAAGGUAUGCCUCGCCACCGCUGGGGCGGUGCUCCACAACACGCUGACGGACGAGUCGGACGACAGUGAGGUGGAUGACGAGGAGGACUGGGCUGAGAAGCAAACCGUGCUUGCCGAGGCAACGCUGACCGGCCCUCAGGUGACGGGCAGGUCAGAGUUUGUGCUGGUCCGUGCGCCUGCGCAGCGUCCGCUUCCGAUCUGGAGCGGCCUAGAGAUGGUGGGGCAUCCAGACGGCUUGACACCUUUGCUGGUUGGGACGGUGAAGGUGGCUGUGCACUUCUGGGACCAAAUCUGGCAGCCGCUCUCUCUUGCUUUGGAGCUGCUGAAGAAAAGCCCAGCCCAGCCACGCUCCGUGUGGGUGUUCCUCACAGACAUGCGCACAUGGGACUUCGUGCGCGUGGACAGGCUGCCGUGCAGUGGAGGGGUGGGCGGUGCCGCAGCUAGCGCCGCCGCAGCCCCGGCCACUGAAUCGACUGGUGCGACAGCCGCGGGACCACGGUUCGCACUGAAGCGGUUCAAGUCCGUGCGCACAUACAUCGAUCAGGCCAAUAGCGGCUACCUUCAGCUUCUGGCUGUGCUGCACCACAUCAUCUAUCCCGGGGAGCAGCAUGCGGACCUGCAGGACCGCAUUGUUCGAAGCAGCGCAGCGCUGGAGUCCCGGGCCAAGUCGUGGGUGAACAAGGCACAGGAGCUGCAGAGGCCUGCGGAAAUGCUGAACAUGUUGAAGGCGCGGGUGGAAGCGGCCAAGGCGGAGGCGGAAGCGGCCGAGGCGCGGGCGGAAGCGGCCAAGGCGGAGGCGGCCAAGGCGGAGGCGGAAGCGGCCAAGGCGGAGGCGGAAGCGGCCAAGGCGCGGGCGGAAGCGGCCAACGCACGCGCAGCCAAGGCUGAAGCAGAGCUGGCCGCCAUGAAGGCUCAAGGCGGACGUGCGGGCGCACGUACCAGCAUUGAAAACUAAGAAGUUGUCAUGGCAGCAGUAUGGUUACUGAUGUGCAGCAGGUUUUGUUUGUGAGCUCCAGGUAGCUCCAGGUGCAAGUUAGGUUACAAGGACCAGCAGACGCAGUUCGCGAGUCGGUGACGUGGAAUGCGAUCACCCAGCUCUGGACCAAGCUAGGGGCUGGUUGGGUAGGACUGAUGGGUAGGACUGACACACAACUACCGGUACACAGCUACAAAUGCUGCACAGGUUAAGCUGCUCGGUUGCUUGCAUGGGUAUGUUGUGGGGCGCUGUGUGUAGGCCUCACGGGCAGGCGGACCUGACAAAGAGGGAAUCAUUUGGGGCUGGGCACGCUGGCUGUUGACCUGUGCCGCCGGUAUGGUGGGCCUGCUUGAGAGAUUGUUGUUACUACCAGAGCUGGCCACCGGCAAAGGCGGGCUUAGACUGGACCAUUCCGGUAUCUCAACUCAUGUUGCAGUAUGUAGGAGGCGGCCAUGACACUCCCCUCACAUUGCUGGCCCCCAGCAGCCAGCUUGCGGCAGCGCAAAGGUUUGUAUGUCAAGUUGUCAACGCUGCGCAGGUAUAGCGCAGCACCGUUUGGGUUGGGUGAAUG